UUUCUUGUCGUCAGAUUCGUUUUCUUCUUCUUCCUCACCACAAUGAAUAUAGCUGGGAGGAUUCGACGAAGUUUCUUCGGAGAUGAGAAGAAGGAACUUCCCAGUGUAAAUGGAUCAUCGAGCAGGAAAGAAGAUGAUUUGCUAGGAGUGACUGAUGAAUUAAUCGAUCACGUCAGGUCCUUCACCAUUGACACGUUUAAGAACUUCUCUCUCUACGACGAAGAAGCGUGUGUAUAUCCUUUGGCAGAAGUGAAGAAGGAUUUGUCUGAUUGGCAGCAGAGACACGCGGUUCUUGUACUAUCCAAAUCCAAGGAACUCUCACAGCUGAGAUUUAAGUUAUGCCCACGUCUCUUAAAGGAAGAUCAGUUUUGGAAGAUAUACUUCAAACUUGUCAGGAACAUUGUUGCCAAAUAUGAGGUGCUAGCAAUCCAACAGGCUUUAAUCAGGACGGUAGCCAUGGAAGCUUCUGAAACCAAGGGUGUUUAUGAAGUUGAAAUGUCAGAAACCAGGCCACAAGGUUGAGUAGUACUGGACCUGCAACUCCAUGAAAUCUUAGUAGCUUAGGACAUGUGUUGUAACUUUUACAGACUAGUAAACUCUUCUUGUAAUCUAACUGUGGCUGCAAUUAUCUUAAAAACAUUUAGAUUUUUUUCUUCC